AUGCCUUCAGCCCUUGACUUGAGUCUCAAAUCGCCAAUCUUGACACAUCUCAGGAAAAAUUUGGCCGAGCUUUUCUCUUUCAAGUACGAUGUCGACAGUCGAGAUGGGCAGCUGAUCCUUGAUGAACGACGCCGAGUGCAGGCUUUGGUCCUCCAGCGGUGUGCACCGUACAUGAUCGCCAUUUGUCUAUCGUCUUUUGUCUGCUGCUUUGUGGCCCUCAUGGUGAUGCCUGAAUGCUGGCGCUUGGUUAUUGAGCUCGACUACUUGGCGAUGAGUUCCAAUGUAAUCGGAGCCAUCUUCUUGUACCGUCAUUUACUGCCAGGCGCCAGACAGGAGCUGCAUGAUUGGCAGCUGGCGGGGGCGUUUUACUUACCCUGGGUCUGUGUGACCUUCUUGCAGAUCGCACACUUUUCCUGUGGUGACGAGGCGCGGGAUGGCUACUACUCUACUCGCCUGGUCUACUUCUGUUACCGGGCACUGUUGUCCGUGGCUCUGAUGUGUCCCUUCCAGUGUACAUUAGCAGAGCUCAUCUGCUCUGGAAUGGUUGCGGCUGAUGUCCAGAGAUCCGAAGCACGAGCAGCGUUGAUGUCCAUAGAACUUCUUUUUCUGCUUCUGAUCUUCGCCGGGACAUGCUUCCUGGGCCAGCGGAUGAUUGAUUGGGCUUUCGCCAAUGCUCGAAAGGCGGAAGAGGCUCUCUCUGCGCUCGUGGAUGCCAGACUCGGGCUCAUUGAGAAGCUGUGUGAUGCGGAGGUUGAACUCUCUGGGGAACUGAAAAUGCUGGAAGCCAGUGCAUCGUGGGGAUCGAGGAUGGGUAUCCAGCUCGCGAGCUUUGAGGGCAGCUUCCUGGACAUUGUCGACGAGGAAGAUGCCGAGCGCGUUCUGAGAUUCUUGCAGUCUGCGAGCUGUGAGGGUGCCAGUAGCUGCAUCCAGGCGAGUUUGCGGACAUUUGCCGACGACCGCGUCGACGCACGCUUGUACCAUGCGGCCCAAUCGG